AUGGAGUGUCAGAAAAUUAUCAAUUUUGGAAACCAACUUCUUCGCCGGAAAAACGUGGACUGCACUCGAGAAGAUAGUCGGCUCUCACGAUGCCUUAACACGUUUGACUUAGUGGCUCUGGGUGUAGGCAGCACUUUGGGUGCAGGUGUCUAUGUACUGGCUGGAGCCGUGGCACGGGAAAAUGCGGGACCUGCCAUUGUUAUCUCCUUCUUGAUUGCUGCCUUGGCUUCAGUGCUGGCCGGACUCUGCUAUGGAGAAUUCGGUGCUCGAGUUCCUAAGACGGGAUCAGCUUAUCUCUACAGCUACGUGACCGUGGGCGAGCUGUGGGCCUUCAUCACAGGGUGGAAUUUAAUCCUCUCCUAUGUUAUUGGAACCUCGAGCGUGGCCAGAGCCUGGAGCGCGACGUUUGAUGAAAUCAUAGGCCAGCACAUUGAAGAAUUUUGUAAAAAAUACAUGACGAUGGAUGCUCCCGGAGUGCUAGCAAAAUACCCAGACAUCUUCGCCGUGGUGAUAAUCGUCAUCCUAACAGGGCUUUUAAUUUUUGGCGUGAAGGAAUCUGCCCUGGUGAACAAAGUGUUCACCUGCAUCAACAUCCUUGUCCUCGGCUUCGUCAUGGUCUCCGGCUUCGUGAAAGGGUCUAUUAAAAACUGGCAGCUGACUGAACAGGACAUUUACAACACCAGCCACAGCAUUUACGGAGACAAUCAAACACAGGAAGAAAAGCUCUAUGGUGUUGGAGGGUUUAUGCCCUAUGGAUGGAAAGGAGUCCUCUCAGGGGCAGCCACGUGUUUUUAUGCUUUCGUGGGAUUUGACUGUAUUGCUACUACAGGCGAGGAGGUAAAAAACCCUCAGAAGGCCAUUCCUAUUGGCAUCGUGGCAUCUCUGCUCAUCUGCUUCGUGGCUUAUUUUGGCGUGUCAGCUGCCCUGACGCUCAUGAUGCCUUACCACCAGCUGGAUACCAAUAGCCCUUUACCCAAUGCCUUUAAAUAUGUGGGUUGGGAUGGAGCCAAUUAUGCAGUGGCUGUCGGUUCCUUGUGUGCACUUUCUACGAGUCUCCUUGGCUCCAUGUUUCCGAUGCCUCGAAUAAUUUAUGCUAUGGCAGAAGAUGGACUUCUCUUUAAAUUUUUGGCUAAAGUCAACGAGAAGAGAAAAACUCCAAUAAUUGCAACAGUGACAUCAGGGGCCGUUGCAGCUGUUAUGGCCUUUUUCUUCGACUUGAAAGAUCUUGUGGAUCUCAUGUCCAUCGGGACCCUCCUGGCUUACUCCUUGGUGGCAGCCUGCGUGUUGGUACUGAGGUAUCAGCCAGAGCAGCCUAAUUUGGCAUACCAGAUGGCUAGGACAACAGAGGACACAGAUAACAACGAGUCUGUGAGCACCAGUGAGUCACAGGCUGGAUUUCUGCCAGAGGAAGAGGAGAAGUGUUCCCUCAAAGCCAUAUUGUGUCCCCCAAAUUCGGACCCUUCCAAAUUCUCUGGCUCAGUGGUGAACGUCUCAACCUUCAUCAUUGGUUUCCUUAUUGUUGGUAGCUGUAUCUUGACUGCCCUUGAGCCAAGCAUUCUGAUAAAGGCUGUAUGGAUUAUUGCUGCCAUCCUUGUUCUUGUUGUCAGCUUUGUUAUAUGGAAACAGCCUGAAAGCAAAACCAAGCUCUCCUUUAAGGUACCUCUUUUGCCCCUUCUUCCUGUUGUGAGUAUUUUUGUGAAUGUUUACCUCAUGAUGCAGCUAGACCUAGGCACGUGGAUACGGUUCGCAGUCUGGAUGCUCAUAGGCUUUGUCAUCUACUUUACCUAUGGAAUAUGGCACAGUGUGGAAGCCACCUACGCAACCUCAGCAGACGCAGAGCGAAACACGGACGCUGGUUCGGACAGCUGUAAAUGACUGCAUGUUUGGCUUAUGGGCAACUGGGGAAUGGCUGCAGUGAAGGAAGCUUUGUGGUGGGGAUCCUGGACCAGGUUACAUCUGGUUAAUCAGUAAUGGAGGAGUAAGGACUCCCCAGCCCUGUUGCUGCAGCUUGCGGUUUGCUUAGUAGCACGGUUAAAAGGGAUCACAAGGAAAAAAGCCAAACCUCUGGCGUACUCCCGGCGACACUGUCAGCUAAUCUGGGGCUAUGCGCUUCCCUUCCUCCCUCUCCUGUUUUGUUUUUUUUUUUUUCCCAGUGCGUAGAAAGAAAACUGCUUCUGUGUGCCAGUUAACCUUAAAUGCUGCUAUGAAACCAGGCCUCACAAAGGUCUUUCAGUAGCCCCGGGAAUUACCUCCCCACAGAUACUCUACCUGAUUAUACAUGGAGCAGAUUUUGCAGUGCUACUGUCAGGCUUAGACCAGAUCCAUCCUUCACCUGAUGUGAGCUG